AUGGUAUCCAUGGCGUCUUCUAGUGAUAGUGAUGAUAGUAGUUCAAGUGAUAUUGAUGAUGAUGCCGUCUUUUAUGAUGCUAGCAGUAGUUUGUCGAAUAUUGAAAUAGAAAAUCAUCUUCUUCAAAGAGAACCUCGGUGGAGAAUAUCAUCGAAGGAUGAAUCAUCAAAGAAACCUGAACAUUUUUGUACAAUUUCACUAACUGAUAAACAAUUACAAGAUAUUGAAAGACGUGAUAAGCUUCAACGUUUACGCGCUCAAGACAAUCCUAAUACUCGAAAUAAUCAAAAUGUCAUAGUCAAAAACUUACCUGAAUCAUCUUCCAUUUUAUCAUCAUCAAUAGUAGAAGAAGUAUCAAAUGUUCAAGAUAUAUCAUCAAAACUAGAUGCUCUUAAAGAUCAUAUUGAUAAUGAACAAAUCAAAUAUCAAAACAAGAGUUCUGUAUCUUCAUUCUCAAAAGAAAUAUUAACAAAUUCUUCUAUUAAACCUAAUGAAUAUCAACAACAUUCAUUACCUGUAACAUCAGCUCGUGGUACAGGUGGAUAUUAUUCAAAUCUACGAACUUUAUCUGCUAAUAGUGAACCAAAUCUAGUUGAUUUACAUAUAAUUGAUCAUAUAACAAAAUUCGGUGAAUUAUCUCCAAAUAGUCGAAAAUUAGAUGAUGAAGAAAUUCUUCAACAACCAAUUGUACUUAAUCUUGAUAGUGGAAAAUAUAUUCCAUUAAGUGAUGCUAAUCCAAUGACACAAACAAUAAUGCAACGUACUCAUAGAAGUGGAAGUAUUAUAACAGUACGUGGUAAUUCAAUAUUGAAUAGUCGUAAUAAUCUAAGAAAAUCUUCAUCGGAUAAUAAUACUCUCAGUAAAUCAGAAAUGAAUCUUUCACAUAAAAAAAAUAAAAAACAUGGAAAUCAAGAUGAUGAAGAUAAUGAAUCAACAUCAUCAGAAACUUCAAGUACAAAAUCAAGUGUUACAACACUUAGAUCAUCAUCAUCAGUUAUUGAUAAAUCUUUAACAUCUACUACACAUUCACCAUUAUCAAUAAAAAAACAAUUAAGAAAUUUAGUUGUAAAAAAUUUUUUACGUAAAAAGAAAUCUAAAGCAGCAUAUGAAAAUAAUAAUACAGGCGAUAUUGAUGAUGAAGAAGAUGAUACUGAAAGAUCAUUAAUUAAUGAUGGUUCAAAUGGAGAUUUAAAAUAUAAAGCAUCAAGAUAUUUAAAAGAGCAUACACAAUUUGAUAAAACACAAUUAUUGCAAACAAUAGUUAAUGCUCAUGAUGGACCUAUUUGGUGUAUGAAGUUUUCACCUGAUGGUUAUCUUCUUGCAACCGGUGGUCAAGAUUGUUUACUUAAAAUCUGGGCAUUAAAAGCAGCUCGACCACAUUUUGAUGAUUUUUCUCGUUUAACAUCAAAUCCAUCGAAACAACAAAGUGAAAUAUUAAGAAAUAGAUUUUAUGAAUUUCAUCAUAAUAUAUUAUCAGAACCAAUAACACCCACAAAUAAUGCUAAACUUGGUCUUAAUGAAAUGCAAGUUCCACUUUAUGCUAAACCAUUUUCUGAGCUUGUUGGUCAUCAAGCACCUGUACUCGAUGUUGCUUGGUCAAAAUCUUUAUUUCUUCUAUCAUCAUCUAUGGAUAAAACUGUUCGAUUAUGGCAUUUAACACGUUUAGAGUGUUUAUGCUAUUUUCUUCAUGUGGAUUUUGUUUCAGCAAUUGCUUUUCAUCCACGAGAUGAUCGAUAUUUCGUAUCAGCAAGUUUAGAUGGGUAA